GUUCUCACUUCCGAGGGCUAGAUUUCAAAGAACUCAUGCUAUGUUGACUUCCAGAAUUUGUCUGAAAACUGGACUCUAUUUUCUAGAAAUCUGAUUUGAAGAAGCUAAUUAAUAGCGACAAAAUUGUUACAUAAGCUAGAAAAAUUCGCAUAGAGCUGUAUCGGUUGGUUGUCCCAACGUCCCGUGCUACACGGUAUUGUGAUUAGCUAUGGCAAUGGAAGAAAUUUUCAGUCAAAUCAAUUCCAGAAAUAAAAAGAGGAGUACCUGACAUUUAUUGGUUGCUUGGAUUGCACACCCAAAAUCUAGGGAGCUGUGAGUCUAGGAACAACCCUUAGGCCUUCUGGCCAACAAUUUUGGCAAUCCCCAGGCAAGAAUUUCAGUUUGGGAUUUCACCCAAGUGGAAAAAGGGGAUUCUAUGUUGUGGGCAUCAGCUUUGCUAGCAUCAAUGAUUCAAAUCUAGUAUGGACUGCAGGUUUAAAUGGUGGAAUCGAAGUGGGAGAAGGAGGUUCCUUCACUUUACAGAAUGAUGGCAAUCUAGUUUUAAGCAAUGGGACAGCAACAGUCUGGGAGACAAACACAUCCAAUCAAGGGGUGGCAUCUGCAGAUAUGCGAGAUGGUGGGGACUUUGUACUGCAAAACGGCUCUUCAGUCAUUAUUUGGGAUACCUUUGCAAAUCCUACUGAUAGUCUGGUGAUUAAUCAGAAUUUCACUGUGGGUCAAAGCCUGCAAUCGGGUCCUUACACAUUCACCAUGCAGACCAGUGGGAAUUUCACGCUGAAAUGGAAGAACAACAUCACGUACUUGAAUGAGGGUACUCCACUAGCUACCACAGCAUCUCUCACCAGCCAAGGAAUUUUCAAGCUCUCCAAUUCUUCAGCGGAUUCGAUCUGGGUUGCUCGGAGCAGUGAUUAUACGGACAAUUCUAUCACAGUGCGCAGAAUCAAGCUGGAACCAAAUGGAAAUUUGAGGUCCUAUGGAUGGGUCACGAGUUCAGGGACAUGGCAGCCGGGAUGGAGUGCUGUGGAAGACCAGUGCAAAGUCUAUGGAUGGUGUGGAAAUUUUGGGGUAUGUGUCUACAAUGAUACAGGUCCAUAUUGCGAAUGCCCAUCUGCAGAUUUUGACCAGAUAGAUCCCACAGAUGCCAGUCAGGGAUGCAAGAGGCAACAGGAUAUAACACAGUGCAGCAAUAACCAGAGUAUGGUUCAACUGGAUCAUACAGAAUUCUUUUCUUAUCCUCCAGAGUCAGAAUCAAACUCUGAGAUAUAUUACCUGGGGAUUCCAGAUUGUUGGCAGAACUGCCUCAAGAAUCCGAGCUGCACUGCAUCUACAAUCAUGGCUGACGGUACAGGCACUUGCAGGAUGAAGACCAGCAACUUUACCAGUGCUUAUCAAACGGUAAGCAUUCCAAGCACUUCUUAUGUAAAGGUAUGUGGUCAAGGGCGACCGCUAACCCCACCACCUCCUUUAACAAAGUUUGUGAAUAAAUCCAAGGUCUCUGCCAUUGGGAUCGCUCUGGCAGUUAUAGCACCAGUCAUUGGCCUGAUUAUCAUCCAGAUUUGCCUUUGGUGGAUAUUCUGUAGGCAUAAUCCUAGGUUUCGGCUAGGAGAAUCAGCUGCCCAUUACACCCUCCUGGAGUAUGCCUCUGGAGCUCCAGUUCAGUUUUCCUACAAAGAUCUGCAACGUUGUACAAAGAAUUUUACAGAAAAGGUAGGUUCAGGUGGGUUUGGGACAGUAUAUAAGGGUGAAUUGUCAAACAAGGCCAUGGUUGCAGUCAAGCAAUUAGAAGGAAUUGAGCAAGGGGAGAAGCAAUUUCGCAUGGAGGUAGCAACUAUCAGCAGCACCCAUCACUUGAAUUUGGUAAGGCUAAUUGGAUUUUGCUCAGAAGGCCGGCAUAGGCUGCUGGUUUACGAAUUUAUGAAAAAUUCUUCUCUGGAUACAUUCCUUUUUACUACUUCAGAGCAUGACAAGAGACUAGAUUGGGACACCCGAUAUAACAUAGCCAUUGGAACUGCAAAGGGUAUUGCCUACUUACAUGAGGAGUGCAGGGAUUGUAUUGUUCAUUGUGAUAUUAAACCAGAGAAUAUACUCUUAGAUGAAAAUUUCAAUGCCAAGGUCUCUGAUUUUGGGCUCUCCAAACUCAUACAUGCCAGAGGUCAUCAGAACCUACCAUUGACUAGUGUUCGAGGAACUAGAGGAUAUUUAGCGCCAGAAUGGCUUGCCAAUUUACCCAUUACAUCCAACUCUGAUGUCUACAGUUAUGGCAUGGUUCUGCUGGAGAUUGUAAGUGGUAGAAGAAACUUUGAUAUCUUGACAUCGGGAAGGAAAAGGUUCUCAAUAUGGGCAUAUGAAGAAUAUGAAAGGGGAAAUAUUAUGAACAUCAUAGAUGAAAAGCUUGGUACGAAUUUAAAUAUUGAUCAGAUUCAAAGAGUAAUUGAAAUCAGCUUUUGGUGUAUUCAGGAGCAGCCCUCUCAGCGACCAUCCAUGGGUAAAGUUGUUCAAAUGCUAGAGGGGGUUCUGCCCAUGGAAAAGCCCCCUGCUCCUAAACCUUUGGAGAGUCUUCAAACCAGUUCCAGCAGUGGUACUAGCCAAAGUGCAAUAUCAAUACUUACAAGUUCUGUACCUCCGAAGGCCCCUUUCUCUAUAAAUAGCGUUCUGCCAGCAAAUUCUAUUUAUGUGGCAGAGACACUCUCUGGUGGUAGGUAGCCUUACUUCUGAGUCAUACUGUUUAACAGUAGGACAGGAUUGUGUAACUAUUUAAGAGGAAUUGGGAUUCUCUUAGUAACCCUGUGUAAGCCGAUUGGCUAUAUGAUAUCCAUUAUUUGAUUUCUACUUUUGAAUUUGAUAAAGUGGAGUUAUUUGUUAA